CCACAGGGCAUUUCAAUAUCGGUUGCUUAAUCUUAGCCGUAUUAUCUUAAUUGCUGUAGAAACCUGUUUUAUAACUGAAAGAGAUGCAUAACUUAUCUUAAUGCAGUACUUUUCUAAAACCAAAUCAAAUUAUAAAUCUCGUUUUAAAUUCGAGGACCAGUGCAUAUCAAAUUACCAAAAAGAGAAAAAAAGAAAAAGAAAAAACUAGGACUCCUCAUUCUUCAGUCCUUAGGCUGAAAUGUAUCUUAUCCACCCAUUUCUGUGCUUAAUAACACUCACUCAAAUGUCUCGAACUCCUCCACGAGCCCAGAGCAUUGCCACGUAUACUUACCAAACAAAUGGCCGCCACUCAACUUUCCCUUCAAAUCCUCCACCACCCGAUCCCCACCACCUGCCUCACUCCCCGGCGACUUUCCAGCAACUUCAAAACCACUAAAUUAUCAGUUACUACAACUAAUCAGAAUUCGAAAUGGUCCCUUAGGCUAAGUCUAGUGGAGCAGAGCCCGCCUGCGGAAUCAACAAAAGUUGAUGUCAAACAGUUAAUGAACUUCUUGUAUGAUGAUCUUCCCCACCUGUUUGAUGAUCAGGGUAUUGAUCAAACGGCUUAUGAUGAUCGUGUUAAGUUCAGGGACCCCAUUACUAAGCAUGAUAGCAUUAGUGGCUACCUCUUUAAUAUUGCUCUUCUGAAGGUCGUCUUUAGGCCUGAGUUUUUCUUGCAUUGGGUUAAGCAGACAGGACCUUAUGAAAUAACUACCAGAUGGACUAUGGUCAUGAAGUUCAUGCCUCUUCCAUGGAAACCAGAAUUGGUCUUUACAGGAACAUCUGUAAUGGGCAUUAAUCCAGAGAAUGGGAAAUUUUCCAGCCAUUUGGACUAUUGGGAUUCUAUAAAGAACAAUGAGUACUUCUCACUUGAAGGGUUACGGGAUGUAUUUAAGCAGUUGAGGAUUUACAAGACUCCUGACUUGGAAACCCCCAGAUAUCAGAUACUGAAAAGAACUGCAAGUUAUGAGGUAAGAAAAUAUACCCCAUUUAUUGUUGUAGAAACAAGUGGAGAUAGAUUGUCGGGGUCAACUGGAUUCAAUGAUGUUGCUGGGUAUAUCUUCGGAAAGAAUUCGACAAUGGAAAAAAUACCAAUGACUACACCUGUCUUCACUGAGGCAAAUGAUCCUGAAGCAUCUAAAGUGUCCAUUCAGAUAGUUCUUCCAUUGGAUAAAGACUUGAGCAGUCUACCAGAUCCUAAUCAAGAGAAAAUUAGCCUGAGGAAGGUGGAAGGAGGCGCUGCUGCAGUACUGAAGUUCAGUGGAAAACCAACUGAGGAUAUUGUUCGUCAAAAAGAGAAAGCACUGCGUGCAAGUCUUAUUCAAGAUGGUCUUAGACCAAAAGCAGGUUGUUUGCUUGCUCGCUACAAUGAUCCAGGCCGAACAUGGAGCUUCACGAUGAGGAACGAGGUGCUGAUUUGGCUUGAAGAAUUCUCACUGGAAUAAGUUAACAUCCUUUGACUGGCAUUUUCCGUUCAUUAUCCCCCCCCUUCCAAUACGUUACUGUAACAAUGUAUUUUGACAAAUUGUAAACAAACAGCAUAUCAGGUACAUGUAACGCGAAAAUUCAAAUACGUAGGUGCCCUUUACAUAGAAAGUUGAAAAGAUAUAGACUCGUUCAGAAUCUGUAUAAACGUUGCUGCUGUACUGGUUCCACUAUUGUAGUAAAUUCUGAUUUUGCAACUAUCAAA